AUGUCAUCAGCUUGGGAAGGUUUCGAGCUUUUCAAGCAAGGAGCCGAAGGCCGUGUUUACAAGGGCACCUAUCUAGGAAGGCCAACUAUCGUGAAAGAGCGGUUUAAAAAGUUCUACCGGCACCCAGACCUUGAUGAACAUCUGACCAAGGAACGCAUGAAAGCUGAGGCCAGAGCAAUAGCUCGAAGUAAAACUGCAGGUGUUCGAACACCAUGCCUUUACCUAGUGGACUUUGAGAGUCGACGGAUCUUCAUGGAGGAAAUUCAGGGUAGUAUCACAGUGAAGAAGUUUAUCAAUGAUACUCUAAGUGAUUGUUCUGAAGAGGACUCUUUUCGCACUAUACUUCCUGUUGCGACAGAGAUUGGUUCCAUAGUCGGAAGAUUACAUGCCAGUAAUAUAAUACAUGGCGACCUUACUACAUCAAACAUGUUAUAUUCACUUUCCACAGAAGGGCAAAUAAGUAUUACUCUUAUUGAUUUUGGACUGAGUCAUGUAGAAAAUAGUGCAGAAGAUAAAGGAGUAGAUUUAUAUGUGCUUGAAAGAGCUCUUUUGAGCACUCACUCUAAUGCGGAAAAAUUGUUUCCUCUCAUACUGCAGUCUUAUAAGAAAGUCAAUGUGAAAGAUUCAAAAUUAGUUUUAGAUAAAUUUGAAGAGGUGCGUGCUCGUGGAAGGAAACGGACCAUGGUUGGUUAACUUUCCUUGUUAAUGUAAGCUGGUGAAAUUUUCAUAUAUUCAAGCCGAAUAAAUAUUAAAAUUUUUGUCGGAGAA